AACAAAACCCAACAAAAACAAAUAAUCCCGUUUGCUUUGCUGCUGAAGGCAGAUUACGGCCAGCAGCAGCUGACUCAUCCUGGCUUUCUUCUGCCUGUUUGCAAACGGAAAGUGACCACAUUCCAGAUGUCCCGUCGUCCUCGUCGCGAGUGAAGAUCGUUUUGUGUGUUUUUUUGCUUCUGUUGCCUGUUAAAAUUGAAAAUUGUCAAAAAUGUCCAUCGAAUCCGACUGCCACAAGCUGCUGUCCCGGGCCCUGGAUGCGGACGAGUCCGGACAGAAGGAACUGGCCAUCGAGCUGUAUGGCCAAACCGUGGAGACGAUCCUGCGGAUCGAGAACCGUGACAGUCGCGAGAAGUUGCAUCGGUUCGCGAUGCAGGCGCUUGAACGGGCGGAAGAGCUGAAGGGCAUCCGGAAGAAUGUGCCGCCCUCGCAGCUUUCGGUUCCGCAGGGGAUGGCCACGACCCAUCCGGUGCGGAGCAGUGCCUCCGUUGCAAGUCCGGUUCACAGCCCGAAGCUUGAGGUGUCCGGUUCCCGGCAGGCCUACACGAGCGAGGAAAAGAAGGUCCUCGAGCAUACGUCCCACAUCAACGCGAAGGUUUACGUCCCGUUCAUGGACAUUGACCUGAUGGAAAAGUUUCAUUUCCCGAUUCCGUUCACCGACAAAGAUGGCAAGCUGGAGUUGGCUCCGAAGCAAAAGCGGGACUUUGUCCAGUGGGCUCGGGUUAGUGAGUUGUGCGAAAAUCCGCAGUUGAUCGCUGGAGAGCACGCCGAUUUCUACAGCAUCCGACAAACGGUCGUGUCGGAUUGUAGCUUCGUGGCAUCGCUGGCCGUGGCUUCGCUUUACGAGAAGAAAUUCAAACGUAGAAUCCUGACUUCGAUCAUCUACCCGCGGAACAGCCGGGAUGAGCCGAUUUACAACCCCAGUGGGAAGUACUCGAUCCGGAUGCAUGUGAACGGGAUUCCGAGAAAGGUUGUGAUUGAUGACUAUUUGCCGUUAGGGCGGUACAAUCAGCUGCUGUGCUCGUAUUCGAGCAAUAAAAGUGAAUUUUGGGUUUCGCUGCUGGAGAAGGCCUACAUGAAGCUGAUGGGAGGAUACGAUUUUCCCGGAUCGAACAGCAACAUCGACCUGCACGCACUGACCGGUUGGAUCCCGGAGCGGGCCUCGAUCCGCACCAAGGAGUCCGACUUUAACGCCGACGCCGUGUUUAACCGGCUGCGCGAGGGCCUCAGCGCCGGCCGCUGCCUGGUGACGGUGGCCACCGGUGAUCUUACGGACGCGGAAGCCGAACGGACGGGACUGGUGUCGACGCACGCGUACGCCGUGUUGGACAUGCGCGAGGUGGACGGAGUCAAGUUGCUGCAGCUGAAGAAUCCGUGGUCGCACUUGAGGUGGCGCGGGAACUAUUCUGAGUUGGAUGUUAAUCAUUGGACGGUGGAGUUGCAGCAGCAGCUGGGCUACGAUCCGAAACUGGCGGCCAAUUACGAUAAUGGAGUGUUUUGGAUCGAUUAUCAUUCGAUUUUGAACUUUUUCGACGUGUUUUAUCUGAACUGGGAUCCGGCGCUGUUUCAGUACACUUACUGCAUUCAUCAGUCGUGGAGUGCCGGCGUGGGACCGACGAAGGACGCGUACAACGUCGGGGACAAUCCGCAGUUCAGCUUGACGGUUCCGGCGGGGAAGGGUUCGGUUUGGAUUCUGCUGACGAGGCACAUCACUACGAUUGAAGACUUUCGGGAGAAUCGAGAGUACAUCACGGUGCUGGUGUACAAAAAUAACGGAAAGCGGGUUUACUAUCCAUCCGAUCCACCGCCGUACAUCGACGGCGUCCGGAUCAACUCGCCGCACUACCUGUGCAAAAUCCGUCUCGAUCCGGCCUCGGUCCGGAAGUACACGCUGGUGAUUUCGCAGUACGAGAAAUCCGCCACCAUUUACUACUCGCUGCGGGCCUUCUGCCGGAACAAGUUUGAGCUGAAGCAGAUCGACAACCGGUUCCAGACAGUGGAGAAUCUAAACGGCGAAUGGAAGGGUCGAACGGCCGGAGGUUGCCCAAAUCACCCGCUGACCUACAAAAACAACCCGCUCUACCGGUUGCACAUCGGCCCGAAAGACACCAGCCAGCUGGUCGUCGAACUUCGCGGUCCCAAAGUGUACCAGGUAGGGCUCGAGCUGACCGUCGUGUCCCUCGAAGAUCCGGAAGUGACGGCCCCGUUCAUCUCGCAAUCCACCGGCAGCUACCGGUCCGGUUUUUGUGUGCUCGAUCUGGAGGCCAUCCCGGCCGGAGUGUACCAGCUGCGUCCGUCCACGUUUCUGCCCGAGCAGGAGUCGCCGUACUUUCUCAAGGUUAAAUCGACAACGAAUUGUGUCAUCGAAAAGAUAAAUUGAGUGCUUUUUUUUUGUUGCGAGGGAAAAGUUACUGUAAUUGUUGUGUUUUAUUUUUUAUCAUGUUUUACAGCACGCGAAAUGCAAAUAUUACAUUAAGUUUUAC